UUGACCCACUGACAGUAUUGAGGAACUAGAUAUCACUAGAUACGAAUAUUUCCUUUUUCCAUUUUUGUUGAAGAAGCAACUGUUUCAAGUUUACUAAAAGUUCUUUAGAAUUUUUUAGAAUUCACAUUUAACACCACUUAUGGCAUAUGUAGUUGCACAGUAAGUUUGAAGUUUCUCCUUCACAGCUAUUAAUAUUUUCAUCAGGAGCAACGAUAGGGGCUUGGUAGAGCACUUACUGGAUCCAGCAAUGUAUUUCUGUUUGUAAGGGUUUUUAUGCAGUUUAGGAAUCCAGCAUAGGUACGGUAACUCAUAUUCCUCUGCCCCAUUAACUGGGAUAAAUUAAAUGUGUCUUAAACUGAAGCAUGGUUUUAAAGAAUUUCCUGUUUUGAAAGGGCAGUUGGAUUUAGCUUGCAUAGCUGUUCAGAAUUUACCUACCAUUAUCAAGUCCUUGCAGGUCAACAUGGCAUUUGGUCAGAGAUGAAGAAAAAUUAAAUUUGGUGAUGAAAAGAGCAAGAAAUUUCUGUAAUAGGGGAUUUUUUUUUCAGAAUCAGUGGCAAAAAAGUUUCCAAAACAAAAUUUGAAACAUAAAUACACAUAUACUAUUAAAAAUCAGUGUAAUAAAGAAAUUCAACGAAUUUGAAAUUGUAGAGUACAAAUUUUAAACCAGGCCUAAUUAGCGUGAAAAUCUAAAUUUUGUAAAAAAAAAUGUUUGUGAGAGAGAGAGAGAGAGAGAGAGAGAGAGAGAGAGAGAGAGAGUAGACAAUUUGAGGAUGCUACUAACAUCUCUUUCAAAUUUAUUGUACAAGGAAUAAGGUAGGGGAAUCAUAUAUUGAUUUCAUCAUACCGUCAUCAUAAGAGUACUGGGAUGUAUUUGGGGAAUAGCAAAAAUACCAACUCCAUAUUUCAUCUGGUCUAAACAGAGUGAGGCAUAUAAAAAGUUUUGAGCAAUUUUUUUUCUUUGUGUUAUUAUAAUGUAAUAUCAUGACAAGAGACACAACUCUAAAUUUCAGAAUGACACUACACUGCACCUGUCUGGCCUUUAUACAGUUGAAUUGCCAGGUGACUUAGCAUUGAAGGCACACCAUUAAACAAACAGGGAAGUGUAAUGAGACCUUGCUAGAGAAGUGUAAUGCUACAGAAUAUCUAGAGAAGCCAUGGACCCCCGCCGCAGUGCCCAAGGUGUUGUCCAAUGUGACCUUUGUGAGACUGCUAUAGUACAAAUGUACUGUGAUUUUUGCCAUGUCAAUCUAUGCUUUGACUGUAUAGGAAAACACAUUGCUGAUGACUAUGACAAACACAAAGUGGUUCCAUUCCAAAAUCGGAAAUCAACCUUGAUUUAUCCAAACUGCAGUACGCAUCAGAACAAAUAUUGUAAAUAUCAUUGCAAGGAAUGUGACAAGUCUGUCUGUACCUUGUGUACUGAUAACCUGUUGUCCUCUAGUGAACAUAAAGAUCAUACAUUUUUAAUUCUAUCCAAAAUCUACAACAAAAGAAAAGCAGACAUUACAAAAGAUUCAGAGGAGAUAGAAAACAUUAUUUCUCCAACAUAUGAAGAAAUGGCCACUGAUUUAGAAACUCAAGUAACCAACUUGGAUGGAGAAUAUGUGAAAUUCACAACAGUAGUCACAAAACAUGGAGAGGAAUGGCACAAAGAAAUUGACUAUGUCAUCAACAAAAUGAAAAAUGAAAUUGAAGAGAUGAAAAUCAAACACCUGGAAAUUCUGAAGAAACAUUUGGAUGAAAUUAAGCAGAUACAGUCCCUUAUUGAGCAAUCACUGAUUACUCUCAAGGAAAUGGAGGAAUCCAAUGAAGUGUCUGUGACCAUGGAAUACAGAUCCCAAAACAAAGAAUUCAGAAAACUUCCUCCCAAAGUCCGAGUCUCACUGCCUACAUUUAAUCCAAACAUGAUAGACAGUGAACAGCUUUACAAGUCACUGGGAUCUUUGAUACCAUUAUCAUUUACAACAGAUGAAAAUGGCUACACACUGAAAAAAUCAGAAACGUUACUCAAAGAACUGAUGGACGAACCAGAGCUUGUCACUACAAUAAAUACUGGGUAUGAAAAACUCCGCAGUGUUACCUGUCUGAGUGAAGAGGAAUUCUGGACAAGUAGAUCAUUAGUCAGUGAUAUGAAAUGCUUUAAUGUUCAAGGUACAGUUUUUAAUACAAUUAAAACAAAAUCAGGGGAAAGCCCAAAUGAUAUAGCAGUGACAAGUGAUGGGGAUCUAGUGUACUGUGAUAGGAUAACAAAGACUGUGAAUAAAGUGAAGAGUGGACAGACAGAGGAGGUGAUCAGACUACAGGGUUGGACACCUGUCAAUCUCUGUGUCACCUCCUCUGGUGAUAUCCUGGUUAUCAUGAGCAGUGAUGAUGAAACACAAACCAAAGUUGUCCGUUACUCAGGUUCCACAGAGAAACAAACAAUCCAGUAUGAUGAUGAGGGUAAGCCUCUAUAUUCAGGAAAUAAUUAUAUUAAAUACAUCAGUGAGAACAGAAACUUGGAUAUAUGUGUGGCUGACUGUGGAGCUGGUGCAGUAAUGGUGGUCAGCCAGGCUGGAAAACUUCGAUUCAGAUACACUGCUCAUUCUUCUACUACCAAAAACAAACCAUUCAAACCCCAUGGAAUCACAACAGACAGUCAGAGUCAGAUCCUGACAGCAGACCCUUAUAACCACUGUAUCUACAUCCUGGACCAGAAUGGACAGUUCCUCCGCUAUAUAGAUAACUGUGAUCUGAAUAAUCCAUACGGUUUAUGUGUGGACAAAAGUGACAACUUGUUUGUUGCUGAAGUAGCCAUGGACCCCCGCCACAGUGCCCAAGAUGUCAUCCGAUGUGACCUUUGUGAGACUGCUAUAGUACAGAUGUACUGUGAUUUCUGCCACAUCAACCUGUGCUUUGCCUGUAUAGGAAAACACAUUGCUGAUGACUAUGACAAACACAAAGUGGUCCCAUUCCAAAAACGAAAAUCAACCUUGAUCUAUACAAAGUGUAGUACACAUCAAAAAAAUCUUUGUAAAUAUCAUUGUAAGGAAUGUGACAAGUCCGUUUGUUCAUUGUGUGCUGAUAACCUGUUGUCCUCUAGUGAACAUAAAGGUCAUUCAUUUUCAAUUCUUUCUGAAAUCUACAACAAAAGAAAAGCAGACAUUACAAAAGAUUCAGAGGAGAUAGAAAACAUUAUUUCUCCAACAUAUGAAGAAAUGGCCACUGAUUUAGAAACUCAAAUAACCAACUUGAAUGGAGAAUAUGUGAAAUUCAUAACAGUAGUUACAAAACAUGGAGAGGAAUGGCACAAAGAAAUUGACUAUGUCAUCAACAAAAUGAAAAAUGAAAUAGAAGAGAUGAAAAUCAAACACCUGGAAAUUCUGAAGAAACAUUUGGAUGAAAUUAAGCAGAUACAGUCCUUUAUUGAGCAAUCACUGAUUACUCUCAAGGAAAUGGAGGAAUCCAAAGAAGUGUCUGUGACCAUGGAAUACAGAUCCCAAAACAAAGAAUUCAGAAAACUUCCUCCCAAAGUCCGAGUCUCAUUGCCUACAUUUAGUCCAAACACGAUAGACGGUGAACAGCUUCACAAGUCACUGGGAUCUUUGAUACCAUUAUCAUUUACAACAGAUGAAAAUGGCUACACACUGAAGAAAACAGAAACCUCACUCAAAGAACUGAUGGACGAACCAGAGCUUGUCACUACAAUAAAUACUGGGUAUGAAAAACUCCGCAGUGUUACCUGUCUGAGUGAAGAAGAAUUCUGGACAAGUAGAUCAUUAGUCAGUGAUAUGAAAUGCUUUAAUAUUCAAGGUACAGUUAUUAAUACAAUUAAAACAAAAUCAGGGAAAUGGCCAUGUGAUAUAGCAGUGACAAGUGAUGGGGAUCUAGUGUACUGUGAUAGGGCAACAAAGACUGUGAAUAAAGUGAAGAGUGGACAGACAGAGGAGGUGAUCAGACUACAGGGCUGGAGACCCAGUCAGCUCUGUGUCACCUCCUCUGGUGAUCUCCUGGUUACCAUGUUCAGUGAUGAUGAAACACAAUCCAAAGUUGUCCGUUACUCGGGUUCCAUAGAGAAACAAACAAUCCAGUAUGAUGAUGAGGGUAAGCCUCUAUAUUCAGGAAAUGGUAUGAUUAAAUACAUUAGUGAGAACAGAAACCUGGAUAUCUGUGUGGCUGACUGUGGAGCUGGUGCAGUAGUGGUGGUCAACCAGGCUGGGAAACUCCAAUUUAGAUACACUGGUCAUUUUUCUACUACCAAAAACAUAGCAUUCAAACCCCAUGGAAUCACAACAGACAGUCAGAGUCAGAUCCUGACAGCAGAUCGUGGUAACGACUGUAUCCACAUCCUGGACCAGAAUGGACAGUUCCUCCACUAUAUAGAUAACUGUGAUCUGAAGGAUCCAUUAGGUUUAUGUGUGGACAAAAGUGACAACUUGUUUGUUGCUGAGUAUUCUAGUGGAAAUGUGAAGAAAAUCAAACAUCUACAAUAAAUACUAUUGUUUAUAUCCACGCUAGAGACAAUUAUGUUCAAACUUCAGAUUAUCGGGCUCUGCCUACUUUUAAAUAUUUUGCAUGGACCAAUACAUGAUGUUACAACACAUCCAUUAGGCUAUCCGCUGCACUCCAGGCUAAAUAACCCCAGGUUCCAUUAUUAAAAAAAUUAAAAGAAACUUAAAUGAAUCCACGUAACUUGGGGAUGUUUGCAUAUCAAUAUAAAAAAAAAAAGAUAUUCUUUUACUCUAAUGAUGUCAUUGAUGUUAAUUCUAUGAACAAUGCUCACCUUCGGAAACACAAGAAAUAAAGUUUAUUAAUAGGAGAUCUUAUUGAGGGAUGUCCAGGGGUCUGUGUUUGCCAAAUUCUUAAAUUUGUAUUCUACAUGACGUAUAUAUAGUUGUGAGAUUGGUCUGGGUCAGUGGUCACCAUAGUUGUUUGUUAUCUUCACCUUUUCAUCCUACAUGUAUCAAUUUCUAAGGCAUGCAAUAAGUCGAGAUUACAAGCUUUUCAUAUAAUUGAAAGUUAAUGCAGGGAAUUUGGGAAAGAAAUAGAAGAUCUUGAAUGAGUGCUUAUGGCAUACCAUGAAAUUUAUGAAAUGAGUUAUCGGAUUUGAUGUUUCCUAAGUCUUGGCAUGGGAAAUAUUAAAAUCCUGUGACAAAUUUCAUAAAUUUCCUACGUCAUAAGUGUAAGAUUCAAUUUAUCCCACAACUAUCAUUAAACGAACAUAUUAAUUUACUGUCUGAAUGUCAAAGAAAUUAUUUGCUUUCAAUUCGAUUGUGACGUCGCUACGUCACGGUUUGAAGAAACUUGAAAUUAUUUUCACUUCAUAAAAGACACAAAAUCCUCUUGGAACCUUGUUGACAAAACAAGGUCUUUUACCAUCAAUGUUAACAAUUUCAAAGGAUGACAUGCUGUUUUGUUUAUGUGGUGCAUGAAUGAUUGAACUACCUAAUUUGCAUAAUUAUGUGUAUGAACCUGUGCUAUGAGUGCAUAUCAUUUUUCUGAACCCGUGUUAUGAACCCGAAAAAAAAAACUGUUGUGUGAUAAAGCCCAUUUUGAUUUUCAGUUUGGUCAUUAUGGAGUUAUGGGACUUUGGAAUUUUUCUUUAAAUGAAUCAUUUUAGGCACCUUUCUGACUCGUCAGCUUUCUUGUUUAAUCAUAAGUACAUGUAUAAAAGUUAUUAACAGUGCUUUCACCCUACACUAGUUGUAAGGUCAAAGUCAUUAAAAUAAUUUUAGUACAAAGGAAUUCAAAGUACUUGGUUUAUGACAACAGUCUAACUGAUGACGAUGUUUGCAAAGCACUUUCAAAUAUAAUGAUGAAUAAUUGAAGUUUAACAAUGAAGAUUGCAAGUCCUUAUGAUACUGGUACAGGCAAGAAGAUUAGGGGGUGGGGGUGGCCUCUCUCAUUUUUGACAAUGAUCAUUAUCAGUGAUUUUCAUAUGCAAACAUGGAUAUAUUGGCUGACUGCCCCCAAUCAUGCACUAUGUUUGAUACAUUCAGUAUAGUGAAUGAGAACAAUGUAAGCUUAAAAUUCAUUAAUUGAACCAAUGUAAUGAAAUAUGACUACCCCCCAUCCCCCCACCCCCACCACCACCAUUUAAGAAUUAAAGCCCUACCCUAGCAUCAGAACUGCCGACCCAGCUGGGCCAGAAAUUUUGCCACUUCAAUUGGUACAAGCUUUUCUCCUCAUUAUCACUAUGUACAAAGUUUGGUUGUUUCAUGUUCAGGAGUCUAGAAGAUUUUUAGAUUAUGACACAAUGUCACUUUUAGUAAUAUCCUGAAAAUUUCUGAUGGACUUUAUAGAACUGUAUGGACAUUUCUUACAAGCUAUAGUCAUUGUGUCAUAAUUCAUUUCUUUUUCUUAUCUGUCAUUUGUUUUGUUAUUUUGAUUGUAUGUCAACAUGGUGAUGUCAAUAAAUAAAUUGAAACUAAA